AUGCCCCGCCGCCAAUAUGCAGCUGUACCUGCGCAGGAUACAGACGAGGACCAGCUGGAACAGGCAUUUGCAGCCUCGGAUGAUGAGCACGACGAGCACGACGGCAACAACGCGGCUAGGCCAUUGCUGACGCCGUCUGUAUACGGGCCACGCAGUUCUCAUACUCCACGAACGACAAGAACAACCGUAGAUGGCUCCUACAACUUUGAAUACGACUAUCCACCUCCACCAGGCUCACCGCCGCGCGAGUUUGCCAUUGCCAACCACUGGGGAAACACCAACGGCAUUCUCGUCACUGAGCCAGUACAUUACGAUCCAAAGAGACAAGGAAACUGGUUUACCCGCACCUGGCGAUCUGUGACCGGUCGCGGUCGCCGUGGGACACCACCAGUCGGCACCUACGGUGGAGGCAUCAACAACGAUGGCGUAUUCGCCAACAUUUCAUCACGCCCUACUGGUACACGCUCACAGCAACGUGCAGGAGAGAACCGUGCAGAGAACGAGACCGAUACCAUCUAUCACGCGCCAGAACUCGCGCCAAACGAUGCACCGCCAAGUUAUCUCGCGUCCCAGAUGGAUCAGGCUCCCCCAUACUGGCAAACAACCGUCUUUGCAACCUCGGAUGGCGAACUCUUGAUCGAGUCUAUUCCCGCCGGCACCAUCGUUGGUUUCCUCGGCGCAUUCAUCGUCUCCGUGUUCUUAGAAUGGAUCGGCUUUGCACUUGCAUACAUCAUCAGCAUGACCCACGCGGGUCGAUUCGGUGCAAAGGCCGGACUCGGUGUCACGUUUGUUCGACUCGGACUCUGGUUCAGAACUCGAGGAGGCUUACUCGACUCGAAAGACAUUCCAGACGAAAUCUUUUGGCCGCUUCCAAACGCUACAUUCCCUCUUCCAACCUUUAACGCUACCACCCCAUUCCCGGGAUUCAAUGCCACUGCAGAAUGGAAUACCACUGCAACUGCAGCCCCAGGGCCGUGGCAUUUCUACUGGAACUCGACCGCUUCCAUGCAUGGUGGCAAAUAUCAGAAACCCGCUUUCCCGUUUGCAGACUUUUUAGCCCUUUUCUUGGCAAAUGACCAUUGGUUGGUUCAUCUUCAUGACCUCUAUCCUUGGCUAUUGGCGAGUCAAGCGGCUCCUACAGAAGGUCAGCAACAAGAGAGCGAGUUACUCUCGAACCUUCAAGCUACCUUGACGAGACCUACAUUGCCCAACAAUCCUCCUGGCCGAACUCCGACGUCGGCGCGCCCAUUGUCCCAUCAACAAACUGCACCAUCGACACGGACACAUGAAGGGGAGGAUAUGAUUCGCCAGGACGAGCGUGUGCGUCGUGAUUUGUCCAACCAGGGCUACAUUUAA